UUUACAUUUGAGACGAAUAUAACACUUAUGUUACACUGGCAUUAAAAUAAUUAGAAAUAAAGGCCGGAUCUAAAGUAUAUUAUUCUAUUUCUUGACUUCCCCAGUUAAUGCCGCUAUGUAUUUGUGAUCUCUAUUCUGAGUGCCCUCCAAACAUCCGCCGCAGGCCACUGGCCAGGAGCACAGCGGCUGCGCCAGCGAGCGCGAGGUCGGGUCCGGGGGCGGGGCCUGGUUUCGGCUUCCGGCGGAAGAGCCAGGGAGCAAGAUGGCUGCCGACAAGACCGUGUUGUUCGUUGCCGAGCUAGCGUGGGUUUCUCUUGUGGCUCUGCCCCCUCAGCCUGUGAGCAGCGCCCGCGACUUGACGGCUGUGCUGGUCCUGGCGCUGCCCAGAGCCCUUUCCCUCUAUGAUCUUGGUCUCGGAGAGUUGGGGGAUCCCGCUGCGAAAAAGGCCUCAUCAAAUCCUCAGGUGUACAUGGACAUCAAGAUUGGGAACAAGCCAGCUGGCUGCAUCCAGAUGCUUCUGCGUUCAGACAUUGUCCCCAUAACAGCAGGCCUGCUCUCCAUGGUCAGCUCUGGCCCAAACACCAACAGCUCCCGAUUCGUCCUGACAUGUGACAAGACUGAUUGGGUAGAUGGCAAGCACAUAGUGUUUGGGGAGGUCACAGAAGGCCUGGAUGUCUUGCAGCAGAUUGAGAUGGGUGCCCACUUGGGCCCUGGGUCCAAAUGCUUGCUCAAGGCUUCAUGGUAAGAAGAGAAACCCCAGGAAAGCUCCCCUUUCAGCUUCCCAGAAGCUGUAGGACUCUGGACUUUGGGAAGAAAUGGGGACAAAACACAGCCCCGUCCUCAGUCCCCAGCAGAGGCCCCGGCUCCACAGGUCACCAAGUCACGGUAGGUCCCUGCACGCCAGGACUCCCACCGGCAGGGGAUUUUGUAAGUCCCUACCUCAUCCCUAGAGAUGACCAAAUUUAGAUUUUUUAGGAAAAGCUCAGCUUUAAAGUAGACACAGCAGCACCUCCUGGACAUGUUCUGGAAGGAGGGGGUUUUAACAGGAAGGUUUUAACAGGGGAGGCCCAGAUACAUAAAUUCAUUUAAAGUAAGACCACUAGUAAAUGCUAUUCAUUCAGUACCCAUGCACGCACGGUGCUGAGUGCUUUGUGGACACACCAAAUCCUCACGAUGGCCUUGCAAGGGCAGUACUAAUACUCCAGAGGAAAAACUUCUAACUUAGAGGUGACAUAAUUUGGUCAAAUUAACAAGAGGCAGAGCCAGGAUUCUAUGCCAGGUCUACUGGCUCUAAAACCCACCAUAUCCUAUUCACAGCCUCCUUUCCUGUGAAAUUGCAGGGCAUUUCUUGAAGCAUGUUACCCAUUUCUUUACAUAGAGACACAAAAGAACAGGGCUUUGCCUGGUGAGCUGUCGUCCGGGCCAGUACCAUGCUCUGAUUGUGGAGGUGUGCUGGGUGUGAGGCGCACAGAGCAGUUUCCCCUGCACCCCUGCCCCCAGACUUGGCUGUUCCUCUGCAGCCUCCCUUCCUGGCAGCACUUACUUUGCUGUCAGUGGGCCUGAGCUGACCACCCUUAUGUAUUCUAACGUGCAGCCUUGAACGUAACUUGGGGUAUCAGGCAACCAUAUAAAUAAGAUGGCUGCCCCUUUAUUGACUUUGCAUCCAUAAUUCUCCCCCUUCUCCAAGGCCUUUUCUGGUUGGUUUCAAUUUGUUGGCUGGCUGGAGGUUCUAGAAGUCUGUCAGGAAGUCCAUGACCACUGUACUUUCAGCUUUAUUGCACAGAAAGGGAUUCAGAUCAUGAUACUUACAUUCCUCUUCGGCACACCCAGUGGACAAGGCAGUCUGCAUCUUUAAAACAUUCAUUCUACAAGCUUUCUUGGUAUCCCCAAAACAUGUCACGUUAUGUGCUAGGUGUUGAGGAGACCAAAUACUGACAUUUGUUAAAAGUUUUCAAACCUCCACUGCCAUUGAUACUGGGAGGAGAGAGCUGCUAAGGCCCCGAAGUAGCGGGUUUCAUGUCCUAUGUACACAGCAGCUGGGCACUCAGGCUGUCUUUGCUCUGUGACAGAGGAGACAGCCAGCGUUUCAGGCAGGAAGUAGGCUUAUAUCCUUGUGUCACAGAUGAGGAACUGAAGCUUGAAUCAGGAAGGGAACUUAUCCUGACACCAAACCCAUCAGUGGCUGAGUUGGAACCAAAGUACAGAUCUCCCGACAUUCCAGCCACUUUGUGAUUCAGUCCCUUGCCAGCCAGAGCUCAAAGCCCCAGGCUAAUAGGGAACUCCCCACUUUGCAGACAGUCUGGGCCUGCCCUCUGUGUACACGGGGAGGGUCUCUUCCUCUGUACUUGCUCCAUAGUCCCUUCCAGGUCCCUGUGGAGGGGCUGCUGUCCUGCAGCAGGGCCCCAGAUUCCUCAACUGCUGCCCCGCCUGCUGUCCUGGGGCCCCACCUCAGGGUGCAGAGUGAUGGCAGAGAUGCGCGUCUUUGGGCACAGGGGUGGUUCCGCUUCAGCUGGGCUGUGCCUGUGGGUUGGGCGGGCCCAGGAUCUGCUUUUAAUGACACAGUAUUUCAGGGCUCGGGCAGCUGAACUCUGUCUGCUCCAGCAGGUAAAUUACAGGCUUAGCAAGUCAGAAAUCAAACAAACACUCCCAACUGCCUAUGGCAGCUGCUCUGAGGAGAAUAACGAUUUUCGGGAACCUUCACCCAGGUCAGCCUAAUUACUGCCUGUCAUUCCCUUGGGACAGGGACCUUUGGUUCACAGGCCUCAAGAAACAGCACAGUGCUUCUGGGCACACAAUGUGGUAUAGACUGUUGAGCAGCCUGUUCUUAACUCCUUGGUUCUAGCAGACAGACAGUUCCCUCCUUGCCCUGUGCCUGGCCCGAGGUGGCCCAAGCACCAUGCUGUGGGUAGAAUGGGUUGCUCCUUAGUGUGGGGAAACUGAGUUCACUUUGUGUCAGUGCUAAGCCUCACAUGGAAAAAAGGCAGAGGAAACUGGAAGCCCCCAAGGUUAUUUGCUUCUGGGUUGGGGUGGGGGCAUCAUACCACUUUCCCAAGGAGGGGAAGACAUAUGCCAUAAAACAUCCCUGUCACCCUCAGUCUUAGCAUGAGGCUCAUCCAGCUCGUUCUUCUUCCAAUGUGCUGCCAGUGGGCCAAGUUAGGAGCCCAGUAAUGCACUACUGAGCACAACUGCAUCUCUGUGCCCUGGAAAUUCCCAGUGUGGUGCUUAUAAAGAGGGAUAGACCCCCUUCUCCCCACUCAAAGCCCAGCCAGCUAAGCUCACACUCCAGAUGCUCCUCAGACAGGCCUGGGUCAGCUACAGUCUGGGUUGGGGAUGGCCAAGGACAGGUCCUAAGACAGGAUGUCUGAGCUGAAGACAGUGCAGUCAGCAUGCCUCGGAGGCUGCUGCGCACAUCAGGCCAGCCAGUCUACAGACAUCGGGGGGAGGGGGCAGAGGGACCUGGGGAGACCCUGGCAGGGAUGCAAGUAGGGGUCCUUUCUGCCACCCCACCUGAGCUGUGAUGGCAUUUGAGGGUUUCCUGCAUCUGGAGAGGGGCCUGAUCCAGGCGGGAGGCUCUGCAGCAGCGGGGCCGGGCCUCAGUGGCAGCCACAGGCCCUGACCACCAUGUUGCGGUGCUUGCGCAGGAUGACAUUGUUGCUGCUGUCAUAGUAGAGCACGGAGGUGGCGCUCAGCUUCGUGGGGGCGCAGCACGCCUUGGGGACCGCAUCCGGCUUCAUCAGGUGCACCUGGCCAGGGGAGGGACGGCAGUCAGCAUGUGAAGUUACCCCAGACUCAGCACUGGUAGCAUACCUACUUUGGGAAACACAAAGAACUAAGGAUCAGGAAGAAGACAACCGGAAGGUGAGCAAAAGGGGGGGUGGGGGCAAAGCCCAGCCCCUCACCCAGGCCACACCUGUAAUGCUCUCCACAUACACCUUGCAGCAGGUGGCUGAAUGCACAUGCCUGUCACUCACCCCACAGGGGUCUGUGCGACAGGAGGCCGAGGAUGCCGGGGGACAUGGUGAUGUGUGUGGUGUCUGACCAGAAGCAAGCAUGUCUUGUAAAUCUGGGUGCCCACAUAUGUACAUGAUGCCUUACAUGUGCGUGUGCAGGGCACAGAUCUGGGUGUGCACAGUCAGGGUAAGUCGGGUGUGUGUGGAUUCAGAUGCCUAGGGGUCUACAUGUGAACGUGGCCACAUAGGGACCAGUUCCUGUACAGACAUGGGAAGUUAACUGCGUGUGCCUACAGUGAAGGGUGGGGAGAGCUCCCUGAGACCUGAGCAGGCGCUUCCAUCCACCUGGCUGCACGAGCCCUCUCCCCGUGGGUGGGGACAGGAUGGACGCGGUACUGACCAGGGACUGCAGGAUGGCGUGGUUUGUGGCGUUCAUGCACGAGUCCAGCGGGAAAGAGCACUCCCCCUCACAGUAAUAGGCCGAGUAGCCUUGGGGAGCAAUGACCCAAUCCUGGGGGGGGAAGAGGAGAAAGUGAGUGCCAUCCAGAUGCCCCACACACACACACACAGCCCCUGAAUCCAGCACACGGCACAAGACGACUCAGGGCUGCCCCUUACCCACCUGCAGCCCCAGCCCCAUCAGCCAAGCCUAGGGUCCCUGCAGGCAGGCUCCCCCAAGAGGGCUGUCGUCCACUGGGAGGCCCUCGGCAGGCAGGGCUGGGCACAGCUCUGUCCCCUUCACGUGCACUGGGCAUCGGAUUCCUCCCCACCCGCCCCACUGCAUCUUCUAGAGCUGCUGUCCCAGCAGACGUGCACACGCACUGCCCUCCCAGCCUCGGUUUCCCUGUUGCAGCCCUGACAUGUUCUGGCUGAGGAUUCAGACUAUCCCCAUUUCCAUGGUUUUCACCAAAAAGCACCUUCUCACUAUAAAAGAAAGACAUAUUCCCUUCAGAAAACACUGAAGAACCUAAUGCAUGAGAAAAUUAAAGUCACCCAUAAUUCUAGCUGCCCCUGGAGAUACACCUAUCAUUUCCGGGUGGGGACCGUCAUGUAAGAAGGAGGGGAGUCAGAAAUUACCAGCCAGCCGAGGUCCUGGAAGCUGACGUAGAGCUCGUGCCGCCGGCAAACCUGCCGGCCGUCAGUGCCGUGAACGUCAUCUGCAGGGACAGAAGCCAGGUCUGUUCUGGGGUUCCUGCUCUGGGCAGCUUCCACAGGGAGCUCCCAGGGAGGGGGACACCCCACCGGGCACACUUGGUGAAUAAAUGAAUGCAGUGAAACA